AUGACUGGCACACUCGGCACCAAGCCCAACGCGCUCCUCUUCGGCCUCGGCGCCAUUGGCAGCGUGUACGCAUCUGUCCUGCAACGGUCUGGUGCUUGCAACGUCAGCGUUGUUGCGCGCUCCAAUUAUGCCGCGGUCAAGGAGAAGGGUUAUGCUCUGGACAGCCAGAAGUUUGGCAAGCACCACCACAUGCUCGAUGGUGUGUUCCGCGACACAAAGGAGGCGGCUGCCAGCGGCAUCAAGUUUGAUUACAUCCUGUGUGCCAACAAGGCCCUGCUGACGGCGGUGCCGACCCUCGCGGACCAGCUCGCGCCCAUCAUGUCGGACCAGACCUCGAUCGUCUUGCUCCAGAACGGCGUGGGUAACGAGGACCCUCUGCAUGCCGCCUUCCCCAACUCGACCAUCAUCUCCGCCGUGGUGUGGACUGGCGGCAAGGCCGUGCCGACCGGCGAAGACGGUGUCACGACGUUUCAGCAGUUUGCAGCCGAGGGACUGACCAUUGGUGUCGACUAUGCCGAGGGACUGGACCGCGCCACCGAGCGCGCCAAGCUCGACCGCCUCGUCGAGUGGCUCCGCGCCGCCGGGUCCGACAUUACGCCCACAGAGGACAUUCAGAAGGAGCGCUGGAUCAAGGUCAUCUGGAACGCGUGCUGGAACUCGCUCACGACCGUCACGCGCGUCCGUACCAACCACUUUUUCGCGUCGUCGCCCGGCGCAGCCGAGUUUGCCACCAAGCUUAUGGACGAGGUCGUCGCCGUGGCGCGCGCAAAGGGCCUGGACAUUCCGCUCGACACACCCGCGACCCUCUUGGCCCGCUGCCAGGUCGUACCAGGCGCAGGCCUGCCGAGCAGCAUGAUGAUGGACAACGAGGCCGGCCGCCCCACCGAGGUGGAAGUCAUCCUCGGCACGCCGUUGAGGGAGGGCCAGCGCCUCGGCGUGCCCGUGCCCAUCCUCGAGACGAUCUACACCAUUGUCAAGGCGCUGGAUUGGAAGAAUGCCCAUCCCGACGAGGCUGCCGCUCCUGGACCUUGA